AUGGAAAAUCGAGCAAAUCAAAAUCUCACGGUAAGAUUUUUAAAAUUAAUUAAUUAAUUAAUUAAUUACAGCUAAAUGUGUUGGCAAUUCUCACAAUUGCCGGUUUUCACUUGCAAAAUCUCUACGACUACGGUUCUACUGGAUUCAGGGAGAAUGAUAGAUUAUUUCAGGGUUUGGUGAGAAUUUGUAUUACGGUAUCAAAGGAACAUGAUGAAAAUUUGCAGGUUAUCUGGCAAUUGCUCACUUCAGCCAUGUUCUACUAUGAAAUCCGGGAUUACAUCAAAUUGCAUCUCGCCUGGAGUUUGUUGUGUUUCGGUGUUGUGCUCUUUUUUGUCGCGGCUGAUUAUUUGGGAUGUGAGUUUUUCAGAGCGCAAUUGCCAAUUUUCAGUUAAAAAUUUGAAUUUUGCAAGUUUCCGGGGUCAAUUUUGGCGGGAAAUUUGAAAUUUCAAGUUUCCAGGCUUAAAAUUAUUGAUUUUUCAUGAAAAUUGGCUCAAAAUUCACCGAAAAUGAUGAAUUUUGGCUCAUUUUCAAGAAAAAAAACCGAAAAAUUGAAUUUCAAUCAAAAUCAUCGAUUUUUUCAUGAAAAAUUGCUCAAAAAUCAAGAUAUUGCUCAUGUUAAACUCUAAAAACCCCACAAUUUCUCAAUAGAGCGCAAUUGCCAAUUUUUCAGACAAAAAUUUGAAUUUUUAAAGUUUCCGGGGUCAAAAUUAUCGAUUUUUCAUUAAAAUUGGCUCAAAAUUCACCGAAAAUGAUGAAUUUUGGCUCAUUUUCAAGAAAAAAAAACCAAAAAAUUUAAUUUCACUCAAAAUCAUCGAUUUUUCAUGAAAAAUUGCUCAAAAAUCAAGAUAUUGCUCAUGUUAAACUCAAAAAGUAUCCGAAAACCUCCAAUUUCUCAAUAGAGCCAAUUUUCAGCUAAAAAUUUGAAUUUUUCAAGUUUCCGGGGUCAAAUUUGCCGGGAAAAUCAAAUCUACACUUAAAAUUAUCGAUUUUUCAUGAAAAAUAGGUCAUAUUGCUCAUGUUAAACUCUAAAAACCCCAAAAUUUCUCAAUAGAACGCAUUUGCCAAUUUUUCAGCUAAAAAUUUGGAAUUGUUCAAGUUUCCGGGGUCAAUUUUGACCGGAAAUUCAAAUCUACACUUGAAAUUAUCGAUUUUUGAUGAAAAAUAAGUCAUAUUGCUCAUUUUAAACUCUAAAAACCCCACAAUUUCUCAAUAGAGCGAAUUUGCCAAGUUUCAGAUGAAAAUUUGAAUUUUUCAAGUUUCCGGGGUCAAAUUAUCGAUUUUUCAUGAAAAAUAGGUCAUAUUGCUCAUGUUAAACUCUAAAAACCCCACAAUUUCUCAAUAGAGCGAAUUUGCCAAUUUUCAGAUAAAAAUUUGAAUUUUUCAAGUUUCCGGGGUCAAACUACAUUCAAAAUCAUCGAUUUUCCAUGAAAAAUAGGUCAAAAAUCAAGAUAUUGCUCAUGUUAAACCGGUUUUUUUUGCAGAUCGGGAAUACGAGUUGGUGGAACUUGUCUCGCACGUCUUCGAUAGAAACACUGUCAUCCGCCAAGCCAUUUACACCAUGGCCAUUUUUGAAUAUCUGAUUUACCUUGGCAAAAAAUCGGCGAAGAUUGAGAUGGAGAAUCAGAAUCUUCAAGAUCCAGUCAACGAAAAUCUCCCGGUAAUUAAGAUUUAAUUAAUUAAUUAGUUAGCUAAUUAGCUAAUUAAUAAAAAAAACAAAUUUUCCAGCUCGAUCCAAUUAUAACUCUCGCACUUUUCUCUAUUCACUUACACACUUUAUACAAAUACGGUUACUGUGGAUUUUGCUGUAAUUUCCGGCUUUUCCAGAUUCUUGUGAGUUUCAGACUGAAAAAUGCCUGGCUGAAAAUGAAAAUGAGAAUUUUCCAGACAAUCUGGCAAUUAUUCACAUCCACUUUGUUCUACUUUCAAAUCCGCGACUACAUUAAAUUGCAUCUCCUCUGGAACGUGUUGUAUUUCGGCUUUGUUCUCUUUUUCGCUCGCGCGCGAUUUUUUGGGAUGUGAGUUUUUUUCAUUAGAGCGUAUUUGCUCCUUAUUUUCUGGCCGAACUUUGGAAAAAACUCGGCCAGCUGAACAAUUUUACAUGAAAAUCAGGUGAAAAACCUCCAAUAGAGCUAAUUUUCAGCUGAAAUUUUGAAUUUUCCAAGUUUCUGCGGUCAAUUUUGGCGGGAAAUUUGAAAUUUCAAGUUUCCAGGCUUAAAAUUAUCGAUUUUUAAUGAAAAUAGAUCAUAUUGCUCAUGUUAAAAUCGAAAAACCCCACAAUUUCUCAAUAGAGCGCAUUUGCCAAUUUUCAGCUAAAAAUUUGAAUUUUUCAAAUUCCCGGACACAUUUUUGGCGGGAAAUUUGAAAUUUCAAGUUUCCAGGCUUGAAAUUAUCGAUUCUUCAAGAAAAUAGGUCAUAUUGCUCAUGUUAAACUCUAAAAACCCCACAAUUUCUCAAUAGAGCGAAAUUGCAAAUUUUCAGCUAAAAAUUUGAAUUUUUCAAGUUUCCGGACUCAAUUUUGACCGGAAAUUCAAAUCUACACUUCAAAUUAUCGAUUUUAAAUGAAAUUUCCCUCAAAAUCCAUCAAAAAUGAUGAAUUUUGGCUCAUUUUGUGCUCUGAACGAUUAAUUUUCAGACGCAGAAACUGA